AUGGCCUCUCUCGUCCCUCGCCAUAUCCAGGACCAUGACUCGGCCGAGUCGCUGGUCCCCUACUGGGGCUACGCUGACCGCGUCAUGCCCUGCACCAACGACCCCGGAUCCUGCGAGUACCUCGAUGUCGUGUACGGCGCACAUGCCAUUGGCAUGCGCUACAUGGCUAUCAUCUGGCUGACCAUUGGCGGCAUCAUCCUCGUCUGGGCCAUGACCAAGCACCUUGGGCGCCCGGACUCUGUGUCAACGUCCAUCGCCAUGGACGGUGAAAAGGGGCAACCGGUCUACAUGCGACCAGGUGGUCUGCGCAAGGUCCGACACGCCAUGGCCUCGACCACGCGGCGUUACCUCCUCCCCGAUGCUGUCCGCGCCAUUUUUGGUCGCACCACCCGCUUCCAGGUCUUCACCUUGUGCGCCUUGACGGCCUACCUCACCAUCUUCACCUUUGUGGGCAUCACAUACAACACCUGGAUCACACCCGUCAAGGACAUGGACGGCGUCUACAACACGCGUACCAGUCUCGGUCCCUGGUCGGAUCGCAUUGGUGUCAUCGCAUACGCCCUGACGCCGCUCUCCGUUCUCCUCGCUAGUCGCGAAUCGAUCCUGUCUCUGCUCCUCGGUGUCCCGUACCAGAGCUUCAACUUCCUCCACCGCUGGACCGGCUAUCUCAUCUUCGUCCAGAGUGCCCUCCACACCAUUGGGUGGUGCGUCAUUGAGAUCCGCUUGUACCAGCCCCAGCCCAAGGUGGCCCUGGGAUGGAUUGUCCAGACAUACAUGGUCUGGGGCCUCGUGGCCAUGCUGCUGCUCACCAUCCUCCUGCUCCUCAGCACACCGUGGGGCAUCCGCCUGACUGGCUACGAGACGUUCCGCAAGCUUCACUACGUCCUCGCCAUGGUCUACAUUGGCGCCUGCUGGGGCCACUGGGCCCAGCUCAAGUGCUUCCUGCUGCCGGCCCUGAUCUUCUGGUUCAUGGACCGCGGCGCGCGUCUCAUCCGGUCUGCCUUCCUGCACUACCACCGUCUGCCAUGCGGCAACAUGGGCUUCCGUUCCUGCGAGAGCACCAUCACCCUCUUCCCCGACUCGGAAGCCGGCGACAUUGUCCGUCUGGACUUGGAGAACGACCAGGACGCCUGGCCCGUCGGCCACCACUUCUACCUGACCUUUACCGAGUGCAGCAUCUGGCAAUCUCACCCCUUCACACCCCUCAACGCCCCUGUCGUCCGCAACGGAAAAGUCCACCACAGCUACAUCCUGCGCGCCAAAGGCGGCGAGACCAAAAAGGUCGCCCAGCUGGCCACCAAAAAAGUGGCGGCCGGCGCCAAGCCCACCACCCCCGUCAUCCUCACCGGCCCCUACGGCGAGCAGAACAUGCUCGACGUCAACCCUUCGACCAACAUCAUUUGUGUUGCUGGUGGCACCGGUAUCGCCUAUGUGCUUCCGGUGCUUCUCGAGCUUGCGCGCCAGGCCAUCUCCCCCAACCGUCGCGUCGAGCUCAUCUGGGCCAUGCGACACGCCAGCAACACGGCCUGGGUGCAGCAGGAGCUUGAUCUCCUGCACAAGGUCUCCAAGGCCCUCAACCUCAAGGUCCGCCUGUUUGCGACGCGUGACAACACCACUGGCAGCGCGAGCAGCAACACAUCGAUCAAGGGCGACGACGAGAAGCACACGGACUCCAAGGAGGUAGGCGGCGUCACGACGCAAGCUGUCGCCUCUGCCUCGUCCUCGUCGGCGGAUGAGAUUGGCUGCGACUGCGACGACGUCACGCCGGUCCGCAAGACAGGCGGUGCCGACUUUGUUGACGUCGAGCGCCACCCGGAUCUGACCAAGCUGGUCAACGACUUUGUCAAUGCCACGUCGUCCGGGUCCACGACGGUCUUUGCCAGUGGGCCCGGCAGCAUGAUCUCCGAUCUGCGGAGCAUCGUGGCCCAGUGCAAUGACGGAGGCAAGGUGUGGGCUGGCGAGGAGCGUUUCGAUGUUAAGCUUGUUUGUGACGAUCGUCUUGAGUGGUGA